AUGGCAGAUAAGGAAUGGUUUCGUUCAUUCAUGAAUAGAAAUCCUUCACUGUCUGUUCGUGUGACUCAAGCUACUAGCCUUUCAAGAGCAACAAGGUUUAACAAAACAAAUGUGGAAACUUUUUAUGACAAUUUGCAAACUGUUAUGGACAGGCACACCUAUGAACCACAGGAUAUAUACAAUGUUGACGAAACAGGCGUCACUACCGUCCAAAAACCCGAUAAAGUCGUAGCUAGACGUGGCAUACAACAAGUGGGAUCCCUUACUUCAGCUGAACGAGGCACACUAGUGAUGGUUGCUUUUGCAGUAAAUGCCUUGGGCAAUGCUAUGUCUCCUUUAUUUGUAUUUCCACGAGUCCGUUAUCACGAUCAUUUUGUUCGCAACGGACCAAUAGGAUCGAUUUGUACUGCAAAUCCUUCAGGAUGCAUGCAAGAUGGAUCGUUCCUAGUAUUUCUCGAACAUUUUAAGAAGUUCUCUAAUGCUUCUCCAACACAUAGAGUCUUGCUAGUGUUGGAUAACCAUUCCUCGCAUAUCCAUCUUAAUACAUUGGAUUUUUGCAAAGAAAAUGGAAUCACUUUGCUUUCAUUUCCUCCACACUGCUCGCACAAACUUCAGCCUUUGGAUCGAUCUGUUUUCGGACCCUUGAAAAAAGCUAUAAAUACUGCUUGUGAUGGGUGGAUGCGGAGUCAUCCUGGAAAAACAAUGACAAUCUACGAUGUACCAGGUAUUAUCAAAACCGCUAUGCCUCUGGCUUUCACUCAAGCGAACGUUCAGGCUGGUUUUUGCAAAACUGGUAUUUAUCCGUAUAAUCGUAAUACAUCCCAAGAAAUUGACUUUGCACCAUCUUAUGUAACUGACAGACUAAAUCCUGACACUGGUGAAAACAAUCCUGACACUGGAGGAAACAAUCCUGUAGCUAACAAUGAAAUACUGCCGCAUCUAACACAAGAAGGCUUUUCACAAUCCUUCGAAAGAAACGGACCAAGCCUUCACGCUGGGGAGAACAAUCUUAACGGUGAAAUACCGCCACUUUCAGCUUCCUUAUUGGGCGAAUCUUUAAUUUCAAAUCCAAGUAAUGUUCAGCCAGCUGUGUCAUCCUCAGGCAUGCCACCUGUUUUUUCUCCUGAAAUUGUUCGACCUUUUCCGAAGGCCCCCGAAAGAAAAACAAGAGGUUCCAGAACCAAAAAGUCGACCAUCUAUACAGGUACGCCUGAAAAGGAAGCUAUCAGGCAAGAAUAUGAAGAAAAAGAAAAACGGAUGAAGGCGAAGCAGGUAAAAAAAAAUCUUACUGAACCAAAAGGAAAAAGGAAAGCAAAGAAAAGGAAAAUAUCACCACGUGCCCAAGUAGGGCUGGCGAAAAGUGGAUCAAAUGACAAGAAAAAUGUGAGCUUUGGUCACACUUAG